UUUUCAGCACUAGACAACUACAGAGGUGGCAACCUUGAUGUCAAACUAAAGUCACACCAAAUUUCUAUUACAACAGUGACUGUCGAAUCGUGGAGACUCAAACAAAAAAAAAUGAAACCCCAGUUCACCCGAAAAGCCAAACCAGAGCCAACCACAACACCUACAGCAAUAGAACCAAAGACGUCGACCAAACUGGCGAAUCCGAAACCAAGAUCCGCGACGGUGGUGGUGAAGCGCCGAGGCAAAAAUGGUCCAGCUGUUGGCCACGGAGGAGGUAACGCCACAGGAGGUAACCCUAGAGGCGGCAAUUCCGGGGGCAUCAAUUUGACAAGGAGUAAUAACACCGGAAAAAGAUCUGGCUCCUCUUCCUCUAACAAGAACAGGGACUCCUGCAAUUUUGUUCCGGUUCGUCGUAAGCCCCUCGGCGACUAUUUGCCCCUCGAGGAGACAUCUUCCUCCAGUCGCCCCACCACAUCCUCCUCCUAUUCAUCCGACAAUCCUCCGCCCAUGAGCUAUGCCGCCGCCGUGGAAUCGCACCCCGUUUCCAGGCUCAAGGUGAAGGUGGUCCUAUCUCCACGUGUCAAACGGGUCGGCAAUCAGCCGGUGGUCAAGCGUCAGAGCCCCAAAAGCUCUCCCGUCACCAAGGUCAAAACGAAUCCGCCGUCGCCACCACCGCCGCAGUCCAAGCCACACAAUGUCCAGGAGAGUCCCAAGGGGAGCGAGGUGGCUCCGGUGGCUCCGCAGUCUCAGAUUGUCCAGGAGAAUCCCGCGACGACCAACUCAACACCAUUAGUCGGCAGUGCGAAGCCGCAGUCGAAGAAAUCCAAGAAGGCCAAGAAGCGGCAGCAACGGGCAAAGGUUGAAUCUGAAGCGCUUCCCGUGCCAGAGAAGCCAUCUACGAGUCUCCAGAGUUCCUCGCCAACGGGCUCCGAGAUCUUCGCCUACUUGGACCAUCACCACGAGCGAAUGCAGCGCUUCCUGGCUGAGCAGACGGCCGGACAGGGACCCUAUCCCAACCGUGGCCACGUGAAGUCCUGCAAGCACACCGCCCAACUGCCGACCCAUCGGUCCCUCUUCGACUUCGACGAGAGGCUCUUCCAACGCGGUGAUCUGGAGGCCGCCGCCCUUUUGGCCCAGAACAAGAUCAUGCUGCAGAAGUGGCUGGAGCCCAGCAUGUUGAUCUCCUAGGCAGUCCGAGACCCAGGGCUCGAGACCUUACCCAUGCAAAUCUAUCAGUUAGUUUAUGUGUUUCAAGUUGUUUUGUUGCAUCAAAAUUCUUAUCAAAAUUUCAAGAAAAUAUCUCUCGUUGGCAUGCGAGCUGUCGACUCGAAUCUGACAGCCCAGGGAGACGGAAAUCACUUUUGGUUAUACAUAUAUUGGCAAAUAAAAAGUUAUUUAAUAAAAUACAAUUUAAUUGCAAAAAA